AUGAACCAUUAUUUACCAUAUUCAAUAUUAGCGGGUGUAUGUGGUUCAUUAGGAGGAUUGACUAGUAAAUUAGCUUUUGGCCGUGAUGGAGAAAAACUAGGCGAUGUGUUUUUUUGGGUUUCAGUUACAUUUUUCAUAGUGUUCAAUCUGAUUAUGUGGUGGGCAUAUACCAGAUCUUUGGCUAAAUCGUCAAGUGCUCUAAUGCCAAUGGUCAUCAAUACGGGUGUGAACUUUUCUCUGACGGGAAUUUUCGGAGCUGUACUUUUUGAGGAGAUUCAUGGUUUCGUAUGGUGGAUAGGAUUAUUUACAGUCUUAUGUGGCAUUACUUUGAUGGCAAACGAAAAGAAGGAACAUAAUGAAUAA